GGCUGUAAAUCAACAAAAAUGGGUCUCUCAACUUUUCUUUUCGUCGCUCUAACUGCAUCUCUCUGUUCACUUGGAAGUCUCACUCAGACUUUGCAUUCAUUGGCUGCCUCUGACACGGUCGACAUGCCUCAAAGUACAGGCGGAAGCACUGACAGGCUGAAAAAUGUAGCCGGCAGAGAUACAUUUGGUUCAGAGAGCCUUGUGGAGGGCAGCGGACAGACUGCUGACGUCCUGACUUUACUGGAGCUCAGCAACGAGGAGACUGCCGUCCGAAAGGAGUCUGAGCGAUUGAGGAAUAAAAACCACUCAGAGACUGGAAUCACAUUAACCACAAGACCAGCACUAAGUGUCUUCAGCUCAGGAGCUCACAACCAAGGAGCAGAAAAAUCUGAAGAUUCAGUUACAGGACCUGAACGCCCCACUGUGAUCUCUGACGGCGUCCCGUCGGAUGGCGAUGAUGACUUGCAGAAAGGUGAAGACCACUCCAGAAUCCCAGUCCAAACCAGUGUGUUUACCUUCAUGAAUGAUCCCAGCCUGUCGAGACCAGGAAGCCCCUGUGUGCUCGGCUUCUCGCCUUGCACGAUCUUUAACAGCUUCAAUGGCACCAGCCUGCUGUGGGAUGACAUGAGCCGCACCCUGGCAUUUGCUUGGGAGCUGCAUGUCUUUGGAUCUGCAAGCCUCUUCGUGUUGAUAACAGCUCUGGCAGUUUUGGGAAUUGCUGGAGCGCAUACUCUUCCUCAUACCCUUUGUGAUGCCCUCACACUUUCUAAUAGUUUCCUUGCCGUAGCAGGUGCUAUGCGCACAACCCUCCUUCUUGUCGAUCCUUACGGUACCCGUCAGAUCCUGCCUCAUGCUACGCUGGCAGCUCUACAUAAUAUUCCUCUGCAGCUUCUUCUGUGGGCGCAGACUGUCCUCGCUCUUGUAACGCUCCAAGGGAUGAAAGUAACAUCUUUCCCUUCAAAGCUGCAGUCCCCGUGGGUGGUUGGAGUACUUGGUGUAUCGCACUGCACUUUCUUACUUUUAGCCGAUCUGUACUCUUCAACUUUGCCCCCAACUUUUCCUCUUUUAUUGCAGACCAUCUCCCUUUGCUGGGGUAUCCCUUUCUGCCUGGGAAUCCUCACCAAGUCCCUCUCCCAUUCACAACCUUUCUCCAGAUCUGCUGUCCCACAGUGGGUUCCCUCUCAGAGGACAAAGAGGCUCGGAAAGCGAGUAACGACUGUGUGCGCCUUGCUUAGUGUGCUCUGCUGCAGCAUUCAGAUAUACAGCGUGCUUUGGCUCUACGGGCUCCUGGGGAACUGGAGGCGCUUCAGCUGGGGUUGGUGGCUCAGUCAGUUCUGGGCCAGGAUUUUUGAGUUAGCAUGGGGAUUCUCUGUCCUUUUUCUUGGAUCUUGGGUCUUCUGGACGCCAUCUAAAGGCCAAGCAAGAGGCGUUGAUUUACAGGGUAGAGAUAAUGUCUCUAAAAAGGAAGUAAAGAAAGGCUUGUGGCAAAGAGUUUUGGUUUGCAUGCAAAGAGGCCUGAGGGGAAAAUCAGAGAAAUCCUUGGAAGAUUUGAUGCCAAACAACAUUGCAAAGCAUAACAUGUCUAGAUCUGGUGUCAGCAACAAUGCACUGCAUGGUGAUAAGCAGGCUCCCUCUAACCUGGACUGUAGUUCUGAUCCUGUUAGCAUCAGCAGCUCUGACUCUCAGACUGCGCUGCUCUGGCAGAAAGUCGGUGAACGAGAAUGUGUCCUCUCACUCAUCGAGUUCGACAUGCGACCCCCGUCUCCCAUCAACCUCAGGCUCAGCAUUGACAACGCCCUUUAUCAAGGGCAGCUGAUAGCUGGGGCCGUCUUCACGCCUCCCCCUCCCUCUUGGACUCAAAGUUUGGGCACAGAUGGAGAGAGGGGGCCAACAGCAUUUCCUCCAGCCUACGUCAGAUACGGGUGGAUGUUGGAUACAGAGUCCAUUUCUGCAUCUUUAGACCAUUUCCAGGCCAAGGAGCCAGCACAGUCAGUAAAUGCCACACCAGAUUUUAAUAGCAGGAUUGGAUCUCCAGCUGCUGAACCAACGGGAGAACAAUUCACAGGAGUGAUGCUCCAAAAUGACUGGUCUGAUGACGACGUUACCGAUCUCUAGGCUCAUUAGGGUAGAGCCUUUAAAAGUACAAAAUUAUUUUUUUUAAAUCCACAAUGUUGUGCUGCAUUAAGUAUAAAACUGCUGAAAAAGAUAUAAGUGUAUAAGUGUAACUAUUCAACUUUGAAUUAAAACUUUGCUCAUUUUUAGAAAAGGCCAGUUUGGUUGUAAUUAUAAUCUAUAUCUCUAUAGAUUACUGAUUUAUUCUCUUGAGUCUUUUCUGGUGUGUAUUUAUUUUAAGACACAAUCUGAAAGGAGAGCAAAGUACAAAUGGACAGACUGGGUUUUUUGCAUUAAUAUAACAUACUUAAACAGUUUUAGUUGAUGUUAUGCAGAACGGAAGAGUUUUUUUUAUUAAGGUCCACCAUAUUUCUACACUUUUUUGUAUCAGAUUUGCUUAGUUAUAAAUGCUCAAAGGAUUUUAUGUUAUAUUUGUAAACAAAGAAAAUGAAUUGAAAAUGUCAAACCCGCUCAAUCGCUAUCAGUUUUAUAGAUAUUAAGCUCUUGAUAUCUGUUUGUUAUUCUGAGAAAAAAGCAUCAGGGACUCUGACUCACAUCUAACAUUUCAAAACAUUUGGCCUUAGCUUUUUCUCCUCAAGCAUUUCUUUGAACAAGUUAUUUGCAAAUUUUAAACAUUUUAAAUAAACAAGAUGGUUUGCACACUGACUCAUUUGUUUCACCACUCCUUGGGACAAAAGAGACAUUUCAUUGACCUCGCUCGUUAACCAAUAACAAUCAUGAAAAAGUUGGUGCAGAGGAGAAAAUGUUAGCACUAAUGCAAUGAGUCUUCAUCAAGCAAAAUUUAUUUAUUACAUAAGUUUAUAUUAAAAACUAUGUCAUGAAACUAUGUCAUCUGUAAUUUUCAUCAGUUAGAUUUUUUUAAUAAACUGUACAUUUUUGAAAAUUUUGUUUGGUCGAUUGAUUUUAAAAUGUACAAAAGAAACAAAAGUAAAUGUUUCUUUAAAUUAACUUUGACAGUUCUGACACAAAGUCAGUCGACCUUGGAAAAAAAGCAUUUUCUCCUUCAUCCCACUGAGCCUGCAAGGACGUCAACACUGUGGAAACCCAACUAUGUGCCCUGAAUGAGUUAAACCUGAUCAUUUAAAUUUGCAGAUGAUACCUGCAAUAUUCCUAGGAAUAUUGAACAAAAGUGUAGAGCAGAUGUCAAAGAAAUCAAGGCCUGAGCUGAAUGAAAACAAUCUGCUUUUUCAUGAAUAAAAUGAAAGAGGAUCACAGCUCAUAUGGUGAGAAUGCAAGUAGAGGAAGCAAUGUUUGCUGGAGUUUUCUCUGAGAUGCUAUGAAGAUUUUGAUGCUGUUAGCUCUCUUAAAUACUUGCUCACUGCUGCUACAGAGUGUUGUGCUCAGGCUGCGACCUGCGGAGAUUGAAGUGGAAGCUCAGCUGCAGUAUGACAGCAAAAGAAACCGUGCAGAGGAAACUGUGAGAAACAGGGGAGGUAGUUCCCUCUGUAAAAGGGUCUGUUUAAAUCUGUUGGAUAUUAUUAUAAAACACAACUGUUUUAUUUUAUAUGUUUAACCUUUUGUGUGUCUCUGUUUUGCAUGCUUGUCUGUUAAAGAUCCCAGACCAACACUAUCUAAUGUUUCAAUAAACUGAUGACAAAUUCA